CAGAUACGUUUUGCGUUCGUUUGUUCGUAUUUAUCGAAUAAAAAUUUAAAGUUUGUAUUAUAUUUUUGAAAGUUUUUUGUGUCGACGAACAUAAAUCAGGUUUAACCAUGGCUACGAUUCCGAGAGGGUGCUGCUCGCACUGCAAAUAUAAGGAUUGUGAAAUGAAAAUGCAAUACCUCGCUCUAGAAAAAGAGAAUAUGAGACUUAGAGAUGAGAUUGAUAAAACAAAUGCGCAAAUAGGAUGUCGUGUUCUCAAACUCUCCGACUACUGUUAUAUGAAGGAAAAGUUAAAAUAUGACAUUGAUGAAACAAAAAAACGAUUACAAAAAACUGUAAAACAAAAGGACAGUAUUUUGAGACAAAAGAACCGUAUUUUAAGAGAAAAAGACAACGCAAUCCAGAAGAAACUGAAAGAACUGGAAUCCUUAAAUGCAAAGUGCUUAAGACACAAUGCGUUCUGCACCAGUCUUCAAGAAGCAAACUUGAAAAUUAACAACUUAGAAGAAGAGAAAAACUUAUUAACUUCUGAACUAGACAACAUGACAAAGGAACAAAACAAAUGGUGUAAUAGUGCAAAAGAAAGAGCACAGGUUAUUGCAGAAUUUUUGAAAGCAAACAUGCAAAUUGUUGACUAUAACAGCUGGAAGGCUACAAUGAGUCUAUCCGAGGAACUACAAGCAGUGAAGGGUAGUUUAGAUGACAAUACCGCAGAUUUGAUGUUUUUGAAACAGUCUUUACAAACGACAAGUGAGGCAUGCCAAAACUGCCAAACAUCCUUUCUAGAACAGAAAACUCUUUUGGAAGAAAAAAUACUACAAUUGGAAAAUCAAAUAGUGAAUGACUCUUUUUUGCAAAACCAACAGUCAGAGAUGAUAAAAAAGCUAACACAGAAAAACGAGGACUAUAAAAAAAGGGGAGUGAAACGUAUUAAGAAAGAGCUAUUGUCACCAACAGGUGACAUGAACUUACCUCCCACACCAUCAACCCCAGAUCAAGACAUGUACCAAAAUAAUGAAUUCGAAGAUGAGGAAUCUUCAAAACUUAAACAGAAUAGUCAAACAGCUAACUGUCCUCAGACAAUGCUAUGUUCGAACUCUCCAAAAGAAAAUGCAUCAAAUAGUAUCGAAACUGGUGACAUAAAAGUAUCACCAUCAUCACCCAUGAAUCCAGUUGUUCUCAGAGUCAACACUAAAGAAGUGACAAUGUCUGAUGAAGACAUUUCUGUUUUAUCACCAAGACCUGUUGAGAUUUUUGAAACCCAGAAGCAAGUCAGUAGGGUUAGCUCAAGAGGUGAAACUGUUGAUAGUAAAACCAAAUGCAGCGUGGAAUUGGACCAAACGAUUCUGUUUAAUAAGCGAAAGAACUCUACAGAGGAAAAAGUAUAUGAUAGCUCAGAGAAAACGGACUCCUAUGGCAUUAAAGCAUUACAAUCUUUUAAAAAACCAGUUUUGCCAGUCGAUGAGGAAAUGUGUGAUGAAGACCAUCCCAUUUCAUCACCAAGCCCUGUUAAGAUGCCUGGGACCCAGAAGGCACAUAGUAUGGUGAGCCCUGAAAUUGGUGCUUUAAAUAAUAAAACUAAAUUGAGUGUAAAGUCAGACGAAAUAGGUUUAGAGGAAAGCACACAAGCCAGUAGCAAUGACCAAGUAAUUAAUAACAAGAUUCAGUCUCCAGAAUAUUUAGAAAUCAUAGAUAUUCUUAGUGAGGUAACUCAAAUUCCAUCAAUACUUAGUCCGAUAAGGCCUCUUAAAGUAAAGUGUGAUAAAAGACCGAUAGAGUUGAACUUACAGACUGAUUAUCCAAAGCGACGCAAAACUUUAUUUUCACCAACACACAGUAGCAACUUAAGUGAAUUCCCAGUCUUAUGUGAUCUUAGAAAAGACCUUGUCGAUUUAAGCCCUGAGCCUGUUGAAACUUUCAUUGAGGUGAAACCAAAAAAUAGUUGCGGAGAAGAGAAUAAAUCUCCUAAACCAAGUGUAAUUAAAAAAGAGAGAAAGCCUGGUAGUGACAGCCACACUGCAAGUGAGAUUGAGGCAACUCCUAAACCAAGUGUAAUUAUAAAAGAGAGAAAGCCUGGUAGUGACAGCCACACUGCAAGUGAGAUUGAGGCAGCUCCUAAACCAAGUGUAAUUAAAAAAGAGAGAAGGCCUGGUAGUGACAGCCACACUGCAAGUGAGAUUGAGGCAGCUCCUAAACCAAGUGUAAUUAGAAAAGAGAGAAAGCCUGGUCGUGACAGCCACACUGCAAGUGAGAUUGAGGCAGCUCCUAAACCAAGUGUAAUUAAAAAAGAGAGAAAGCCUAGUAGUGACAGCCACACUGCAAGUGAGAUUGAAGCAGUCAAAAAAGAAUGUUACGUCGUUUUAGAGGAUAUCAAUCACAUUUCAGAGAAAAAUGAAAAAAGCCCAUGUCUUAACCAAACCAGUCAAGGCUUGAAAUUUGUUGACAAACAAAUGUCCAAAUUGACUCCUAACACUCCUGAUACGAUUACUGAAGAAUUCAAGAAUCCCAACACUCUACAGGCUUCAGAAAGAUUACAAAGGGAAGAUCUGAACUCUUGUCCUGUGCAAAGUUUGGCCAAGUCAUUGUCAACAAGUAAGGACAAACCAAGUUCUGCUAAAGAUAUUGUUCAUAAACAGCAUAACAUAGAAGCAGAAAAGGAAGUCAAACCCUCUGAAAAAUUGUUACAGGAAAUCAAGAAAUCGAACUCUCUAUCUACUCGAGAGGCAAAGUCUAGGAUUCACAAAGUCAACGCCAGCAAGUAG